UUUCAUUGACACGAGCAAAGAUUAUGAAACCUGUAAUCUGACACUAAAUCCAGACUCCAGCCUCUGCCAGCACUGGCUGGAAGUCAAUACAUUUACCAGCAGUAUAUAUACAGGUUAUGGUACAGUACAGUAUGGAUAUUUCAUCUUCUUAACAGGCAUAGUCAGACAAAAGAGUGAGUUCAUAAAUCAUAUCGCCACAUCGAUCGUGCCUGGCCAAAAUGGGAAGUAAAACCAGUAAACGAGAUAUUUCUAAUACAGGUAUCCCAGCUGUAGAAAUAGUUUCCUACAAAAAAAAAGUAGGGGAUAUCUGGGCUUCAAACCACAGUAUGGUCUCUGUAACUGCAGAAGAGGAGGAUACAUUCCAGCGAGCUGUGCCGACCAGAGAGUCGCUGAAAUGUCCCAGCGGCUCGGUGGUCAGCUUCCAUAACAUUCAGUAUAGCGUCAAGAUGUCCAGCGGCCUGCCCUGUAAACGCAAAGUCGUGGAGAAGCAAAUCCUCUUAGGUGUCAAUGGGAUAAUGAAACCUGGCUUAAAUGCUAUCCUUGGCCCAACAGGGAGUGGCAAGUCUUCAUUGCUGGAUGUUCUGGCUGCAAGGAAGGAUCCAGCAGGUUUGUCUGGUGAGGUGUUGAUUGAUGGAGUACCACAGCCUCCAAACUUCAAGUGCAUCUCAGGCUAUGUAGUCCAGGAUGAUAUUGUCAUGGGCACCCUGACGGUCAGGGAAAACCUCCUGUUCUCAGCGGCUCUCAGGCUUCCCACCUCUAUUACCUACAAGGAGAAGGAAGAAAGAGUGGCAAAUGUUAUCUCAGAACUCGGGUUAACAAAAGUGGCUGACUCCAAAGUUGGCACAGAACUGAUCCGAGGCGUUUCUGGAGGGGAGCGAAAGCGAACAAAUAUUGGGAUGGAGCUGAUAACUGAGCCCCCUGUCCUGUUUCUGGAUGAACCAACAACAGGCCUAGAUGCUAGCACAGCCAAGGCAGUACUUAUACUUCUGAAGAGGCUUUCACGAAAAGGGCGAACUAUCAUAUUUUCAAUUCACCAACCCCGGUACUCUAUAUUUAAGUUGUUUGAUAGCCUGACGUUAUUGGCUUCUGGGAAAAUGAUGUACCAUGGGCCAUCCAAAUCUGCACUGGAAUACUUCACUUCUAUUGGUUAUGAAUGUGAAUCCUUCAACAACCCAGCAGACUUCUUUUUGGAUAUCAUCAACGGAGACUCUACUGCUGUAGCAGCAAGCCAAGCUUUCGAUACAGACAAUAAGGAUGGAAAUAAACAAACUGAAAAUGGCAGUGAAGAUCCAGACACCAUUGAAAUCCAGGAUCCAGAACACAUUGAUAAAAGCUUAGUGGAUAAACUAAAUGAACAGUACAUGAAGUCGACCCAGUACAGCAAAAUGCAAGAAGCCUUGACAAAGAUUGAAGCCAACAGGGGCGAGAAGAAAAAGAAAAAGCUUCAAUCGAUCACUUACGCCACUUCAUUCUUCAAUCAGCUUUACUGGGUUACCAAUCGUUCCUGCAAGAACCUGGUGCGCAACCCACAGGCUUCAAUAGCACAGGUGGUAGUAACAAUCGUUUUGGGUGCAAUUGUUGGUGCAAUCUUCUUUGGUGUAAAACUAGACCCCAGUGGAAUUCAGAACAGAGUGGGCUCUCUCUUCUUCCUAACCACAAAUCAGUGUUUCUCCAGUGUGUCUGCUAUUGAACUGUUUAUCAAGGAUAAGAAGUUGUUCAUACACCAGUAUACCAGUGGUUACUACAGACUGUCUGCCUACUUUAUUUCAAUUCUGCUGGGAGACCUGAUUCCUAUGAGGACUGCCCCUGCUGUUUUGUUUUCUGUCAUCACCUACUGGAUGAUAGGUUUCCAAAGAUUGGCUGGAAACUUUUUCUUCUUCAUGCUCACACUGGUGAUGGUGUCAUACACAGCCACCACAAUGGGUCUUGCUAUCAGUGUAGGGAUGGAUGUUGUUGCCAUAGCAAAUCUCUUUAUCACUAUUUGUUUUGUCUUCAUGAUUAUAUUCUCUGGUCUUCUAGUGAAUCUUCCCUCAGUCAUGGGUUGGUUGAAUUGGCUGAAAUAUUUUAGCAUCCCAAGAUAUGGUUUAACAGCAUUGCAAGUGAAUGAGUUCAGAGGUUUAUAUUUCUGUGGCAGUAAAACAAACAACGAAACAUCUUUCCAAUCAGCUAUGGUGAACUGUUCAACGAGCGCUUCAAAUUUUGGAGGACAAUGCUAUGGAGAGGCUUACCUCUGUGGACAGGGCAUUGGGUACAAUGACUGGGCAAUGUGGGAAAACAUUGUUGCUCUUGGCUGUAUGAUUAUCAUCUUUCUAACAAUUGCUUACAUGAAACUCAAUUUCAUGAGGAAAUUCACUUAGAUCUUGGGUGUCUUUCCCCCUGUUAAAUAUUUUAAUCGCAGGUAAGAAAUAAGAAAAUGUAUAUACAAGCAAAUUUAAAAUUGAUACAGCUUGACAGACUUGGCCAUCAGAAAAAGACUAGCAGUAUUCUGCACUUGAAGGGCAAAGAUAGAUGGUGGAGUAGCAUGCAUUCAUUUACUGGAGAUUUAAUCACAGCUAAAAAUUCAGAACAUGUCAUUUAUUUAGCCCAUUUAUUUAUUUUGUCAGUUUUUUACAGAAUAAUCAACUAGAAUUGCUACUUUGUAUUUCUGGAGAGCACAAAUGUGUUAUUUAUUUUUUUUUGAUACAGUCUAAGUUAAACCUAAUAUUAAGAUUCUGAGUUUGAGUUAUGAAAAAAAUACAUUACUUUCUCCAUAAAUAGCAAAUAUGACUCAGCAUUUAUGUUGGAUUUGUGCUGUUCAUUAUGACUACAAUCAUAACAUUUUUCACAGCAAUUGACCUGUAUAUAAUGUGUUUAUUGUUGUGUGUAAAAUGUUGGGAAUCAGAUAACUUUAAUUUGUACAU